GUCUGUUUCUAGGUGUCUAGCAACAGCUAUCCGCUCAGACAGCCGGCGGCAACGGGAGCGGUAUUUUUCGGUGUGUCUUCGUACGAUUAUUCGCUGCCGGGUAUUCAUAGUUAAUAGUCGCUUUGCUGAAAACGGUGAAAAAACAACCCUGACCCCUGCACAGAGAUAUGAGCGGCAGCGGGCGGCCCAGGACCAGCUCGUUUGCUGAGCCGCCAGGUAUUCCAGGAGCCGCCGCUGCGUCCACCGGAUCAGCCGCUGCCGUGGGGAGCAGUACAGGAAAGUCCGGGGUCCCGCAGGCCUCCGGCAGCAGCUCGUCAGGAUGCUCGAACCUUAAGCUUGCCAGAGACAGCGGGAAGGUGACAACAGUUGUGGCCACACCAGGUCAGGGACCCGACCGCCCGCAAGAAGUCUCCUACACUGACAUCAAGGUGAUUGGCAAUGGUUCGUUCGGUGUGGUGUACCAAGCUCGCCUCAUCGACAGCCAGGAGAUGGUGGCCAUUAAGAAGGUUCUGCAGGAUAAAAGGUUCAAGAAUCGGGAACUACAGAUCAUGAGGAAGCUGGACCACUGCAACAUCGUCCGACUACGUUAUUUCUUCUACUCCAGUGGUGAGAAGAAAGAUGAAGUGUACCUCAACCUGGUGCUGGACUUUGUCCCUGAGACGGUCUACAGGGUUGCCAGACAUUUUAACAAGGCCAAGAGCAUCAUUCCUAUCAUUUAUGUGAAGGUCUACAUGUACCAGCUGUUUCGUAGUCUGGCUUACAUCCAUUCCCAGGGCGUCUGUCACAGAGACAUCAAGCCCCAGAACCUGCUCGUCGACCCAGAAACUGCCAUCCUGAAGCUGUGUGACUUUGGCAGCGCCAAGCAGCUGGUCCGCGGUGAACCUAACGUGUCGUAUAUCUGCUCUCGGUAUUAUCGCGCCCCCGAGCUCAUUUUUGGUGCCACCGACUACACGGCAAACAUCGACAUCUGGUCAGCCGGCUGCGUUCUGGCAGAGCUGCUGCUCGGACAACCAAUAUUCCCCGGUGACAGCGGAGUGGACCAGCUAGUAGAGAUUAUCAAGGUUUUAGGAACACCAACAAGGGAACAAAUUCGAGAGAUGAAUCCCAACUACACAGAAUUCAAGUUCCCACAGAUCAAAGCGCAUCCAUGGACCAAGGUGUUUAAACCUCGCACCCCUCCAGAGGCCAUCGCUCUCUGCUCUCGGCUGCUGGAGUACACGCCCGCCUCCCGGCUUUCCCCCCUAGAGGCCUGUUCACAUGCCUUCUUCGACGAGCUGCGCCAGCCGAACACACGACUGCCCAGCGGCCGAGAACUGCCGAUGCUCUUCAACUUCAGCACCACAGAGCUGUCAAUCCAGCCUCAGCUGAACUCAACCCUCAUUCCUCCUCACGCUCGCUCACACACAGCUGCUUCCGCCCACGAUGGUACGGGCUCAGACUCAUCUCAACACAGUUCAGUGCCAGGAUCUCUGAACAGCAUCUGAAGCAGCUUCUCACCUGCCUGCCUGCAAGCUUCACCCUCUCCUCAGAGACACACACACACACGCACACACACACACACACACACACACUCUCUCUCUGUACAACUUUCCUUCGUGCUGCUUGCUCUCCUCGUAGAUGAUCUGUUUCUGUACAGUGAAUGCAUUGAGCAAACAUUAGCUCUGUAGCUGCCAGGGUGGAAUCUACGGCAGGGGAUUGUUACACAAACACAGAUUCGUCCGCUGCUGCUCGGGUGAUUUGAGAAGGUUCAAUAGUGGGGGCUGGUCCUCUGUAGUACAACCUUUUUUAAUCAACAUUUCUCCUUUUUUUCCUUCUUUAUUUUUGUGUUUAUUUAUUUGACUAAUUGAAAGCAUCGUGUGAUCACACAGAGGUUUUUUUGUUGAUAUUUUUGAUUUAAAGCCCUGUUAGUAAAGGGUGGACUGCACACUGCCUGACUGAAGCUAGAUUCUAACCCGUAUAGGUCAUCAGAAUAAAGGACUUCUAUUGAACUCAGGGUGGGAGAACAGAUGUAGGUGAAUUUAUAUAUUCUCCAGCCACGUUUUAAAGAAAGUCCAGCCCAGUCCUUCAGUUAAAAUUAAACCUCCAGCUCUCUAACUUCAUGGCAAGUAGAGGAGAAACAGCACCAGGUAGCAGUGAUCAGUGUUUGGCUUUUAAUCUGUUGCAUUUUACAGUCUGGACUAAAAUAACCAACCACAAGCUGACCCUACAGAGAUUUGUUUGAUAGAAAUACGAAUUAAAAAAGACCGCUGACCUUUCCUCCAGUGUAAAUACACCUAACAAGGAAGGAUUCUUCAUUUCCUUUUGGGUGCAUUUACACUGUCAGAUAAACAUUUAUCAAAUUAAUCGUCAACCAAGCUUGUAAUAUUAUUAAUUUUAUUUUAAAUUAAUUAUCUCAGAGGCAGACAACAAGUGCAGAAUCCAACUAUUGCUGUCAGUCUUGCAGAAAUUGAGUGUGAGAUCCAGUAAAAUGAGACUUUCUAUCAUAGAGCUAACAAGUUGAAGGUGCAGAUAGAUGUAGGCGUUGACUGAUGUUUUUUUCAAGGCUGAUACUGAUAAUUAGUAAUCAAAGACAACAAUAACAAAUAUUUGCAGAAAAAAAAUGUGUUAAAUUCCUAAAUAAAGCUUUGUUUUACUUGUUUAAUAAAAAGAAAACUUUUAAACAUUCGUCCUUCAAUGUUCAGAGCCAAAGCAGCAGCUUUUAAAGUAAUUUAUUUUGUCAGGAAUCUGUUUUAAAGAAUACAGAUAAUCGGGGAAAAAAAGCUAAAUAUUGGAUUUAUUUUUCAGCCGACAUCAUUUGAAUGAUGAAACUGAUUUUAAUUGUGUUCACUUGAUGAUAAAUUUGGAGAAAACUGGCAGAUUAUACUUACUCUCAGAUCAUUACAGUGACAGAAACCAUAAAACUCUCAAAGUACUUUAAUCAACUAGAAAUCAGCAGAUGUUCUGUAUCAUGUCGAUGCAUCUCAGAGACUUUUUAAAUUUCAUUUACUUUCAGAAAGUCAACUCGGAUCCUUUCAACCCAUACAGAUGAAAAAGUGCGAUUAAUGAAAUGGUUUUUUUUUAACCUUCAUCAGUGCUAAAGUGAGUCUAAACUGUUGAUCAGAGCAGCUGUUCAGGAGAUAAAUUCUCCUAAAAUCAGCUGUUUAAUUUUAGAUUUUAAUUAAACCAAAAAUGUUUCUUGCCACUUUGAGCUUUCCAAAUCUAUCUUCUGUUUAAGAUAAUCUAACACAGGUUGAGAGGAUGCAGGGCUGAACAAUAAAUCAAAUAAAAACAACAUGUAGAAUACACGAGGUGUGUCCACGAGACUUAUGCUGUGAUUCAGUUGUAAUUUAUUCAAGCAGAAUGAAACUUUCUGAGUUUGCCUACGUUGUCUAGUUGAUGAACAUAUUCAGGCUGUGAUUCUACUGACAUUAUUUCACAGCCAAACCUCGAACAUUUUACAGCACAUUUAACCCAGAGUUUAGGCUAUCGUGUUGAGAGUCUUACAGAUUCAUGCCAUCCUACUUGUGUGACAGUUUUGAUGCUAUUUCAUGUGGUAACGCUCCACCACAUUUUAAAUCUGUUACUCAGUGAAUAUUGAACCGUAGCUUGACUAUUUAACAACAAAAAUCAUCAUAAAAAUCACAGAUACAUUCCCUCAAUUGUUCAGCCCGCGUAGGAUGUUGCUGUUAAUGAUGAGGAGUAAAAGCAUCUCCAUUUGGGCCAUUAUGAGUCUUUUUAAUUUAAAAAAAAAAAAUUUAAAGUUUGAAAGGUUUGAAAUGUAUUGCAAGAUUGAUGACUCCCCUUUAGAAUCCUUUCAUCCCACCUGUUGACAUGUUUUUAUGCAGAGGCUGGUUCGCAGAGUCCGUUUAAAUUCCAGAAUAUAAUAGACUGUUUCCAGUUUCCAUGCCAAUAUUGGCAGAAUAAAAGCAAACACAAAUUAACCAAAAAUGUUUAAUUUGGAUGGAUCUUCUGUCCUGAUAUUAGCACAUUUGUAAUCCUUCAGCAGAGAAACUAGCGAACGCUCAGGCGGAGAGAUUAUGUGGCUUUUAAUUAUUUAUUUGUCUCCGAAUGAGAAUUUGAGCGAGAGAGCUUCAAAAUCAUGACUUCCUUUUUAGCUAGAACUGAAAAGAUAAAUUAACCUCAGUUCAUCGUACGCAGGACAAUACCGUGUGAACGGACGGCUUAAUGUGAAUAGUAGCUGAACAUGAAUAUCAAGCAGGGAAAUUCCUUUAAGGUGUUUGUGUCUGUUUCGGUGUGCUUCUGUUUUCAUGAGGACUGAUUCGGAUUGAAACGACAGUGAGGACUCUUUAAAGAGACUUUUAAAGAUAAAGAUUGAAACAAGCCCAGAGAAUGUAUCGCUGUUUGUCAGUUUAAAGUGUGUGUGUGUGUGUGUGUGUGUGUGUGUGUGUGUGUGUGUGAGUGAGUGAGUGUGUGUGUGUGUGUCUGUGUGUGUGUGUGUGCGUGCGUGUGUGACCAUAUUCCAAGCUGCAGUCUGAACAGCCAGUGUUUUAGGAUUAGAGCAGCCAACCAUACAGAUUUUUAGUAAGCAGUACAGACCACUUGAAAGUUUGUAGUAUAGUAUAUUUGAUACUAUUAUACCAUGCCUCCACCUGCUCUUUUUAACUGCAGCCACAUUUGUUUUCAACCUUUUUUUUAGAAGCAGAGAUGCGUGUUUCCUUUUUUCUUUUUUUAAAAUUCCACCACACAUUCAUUUUAUAUGAGGAGAGCAGAGAGCAUUUUUCUCUUUUUUCCUGUCAGCUGCUUCCUGGUUUCCAGUCUGGCGGUUUACUACCUACAUCCUGCUUUCUUUGCUGUUGAGAGUCCAGCCGGCUUGUUUGAUUACCUCCACGGGGUUCGCAGCAUCGACGGUGUUCACACUCAGAGCUGUCAGACUCUCUGCGGCUAUGAAAAGGUGUGACAAAACCUCAAAGAGGGAAUCAAACAAAGCUGGUUUUUCUCUCCCCCCUGAAGAUCUCAAAGCCAUUUAUUUCCUCACUCUCCUGUCUCCCUCUCUUAUCGCACGUGUAAAUAUCACUGAUUUUUAUUUUUCCUCUUUUUACUUUUUAUUACAGAGUUGUUUAUAUCUUAUUUCCCUCAUCCUGUCGACGAAGCGGUCUUAAUUUGUGCAUUUUUGUAAAUAAGUUUCUUUUUUUCACAAUCCAAAAUGUAAAUACUGCAAAAGAGAAAAGGAAAAAAAAACUGCCUACUCCUCCAGUUUGUUGACGAUCUUUCUCUCUCCUUCUCUUUCUUGUAGUCCAGUGAAAACUGUAAUUUAACGAUGUCGUUACUCAGCUCCCCUCCUUCGUUCGGUCCUCCAUGGGACCAUCUGACUGUUGAAUGAAUCUUGUGAGGGUUCUGUUCCAAAAUGAUCUCUGUUCACUGUGUUGAUGAAUAUAAUCAACUCAUAUAAGCACUCAGAAUUCAUGACACCUCUGAACUGUGAAGGACUGAGCCAUGUCAUGGGUUUGAGCCUGGCUGUGUAUCUGUUGUUGAUCUUGCAGUGUAAUUUAUCCACCACCCCCCCCCC